AUGACACAAUCCAAUGAUUUGACAUCAUUACUAUUUCAAUUACAACAACUUCAGCACUCAACAGAUUAUUCAACAAUCAGCAACACAAUAGAUGCUCGUUUUCAUACAAAAAUCGAUGAAUUAAUUACAAAAUGGAUAUCCAAUGAGAAUCUUUCUGCUGAUGAAAAAUCUUUCUUUGAUUUGUACUCGAAUAAUCUCUUAUCGCCUGUCGAAUAUUGUCUCUUUCAUGCUGAUGAAACAGUCGACAUAUCCACAAUUACUGGUGCAUUUCGUCGAAAUCUAUUUCAGAAAACCUCUACAGAUACAUUAAUAGAAGCUGUUGAAUAUAUCCGUGAAGAACACUGGAAUCAUCGUGAUGAAAAUGAUGUUAUUCUUCUCUACAUCAUGAAAAUGAUCGAUGCACGAUCGUAUGCAUAUCGAUUACAGAUUGAUAGUUUGACCGAUAUGCUUCCGCGAACGCUCUAUAGUGAAAUAUACGAUAGUUUGAUUCAUCGCCAUGCAAAGAAAUACCUCUACAAUGUGAAGUCUGUCGAUAAAAAAAACGAGAAGAUCGUGAUUAGUAAUCGUCAUCGGUUCUUUCUUGGAUGUUCAACAUAUGCUGUUGCAUUAUUUCCCGAAUAUCAAAAUCUAUUGAAAGAAGCUGAACAGACGAAGUACAUUUAUUUACUUGCGAAGUAUGUUCGAGUGAUGUUGAAAAUGAACAAUUUCGAAAAGAAUCCGAAUAUUCUUUACUGUCUUCGCGGUGUUUUGGCUUUGUUGAAUAAUUGUGUUCCCGUCCAGAACUGGAUGCAUAUUAUUAACAAAGCCAUGGCGAAUCCAAACGAUGUGAAUGCUCAACAAGCGAAUCCAUUUAACGUUGAUCUUUUCUCAUUGAUUGUCAAACGAUUAUUAGCAUCGAAUAUCAUCCAUGAUAAAGCCGUUGGUUCUAAGUCACCUACUGUCACAUCACUAGUGGAUGUUGCAUUAAUAUUCCUGAAUAAAUGGUUUGGCUCAGCAAUGGAUCGAGAUGAGGAUGAAAGCGAUGCAACUAAUGAAGAACAAAGCGAACUUUUGCAAUUACUACGUUCGAAUGACGACUUUAACGAUAAAAGGAAUACAGCUCAAAUCGUUUUUACGUAUAUUAAAGCAGAAUAUGAUCGUCUUCGGUUUAUGUCGAUCGCGAUCUUAUCAUCAUUAAUGAGUUAUGAUGAUUUGGAAAAACUACAACGAAGAGUCGAUCAUAUUUGGAAGGAUAUCGUAACGUUAAUAUUCCAAUUUAUCAAUCGAGCAGUUGCCCAUGAAUCGAAGCAGUAUAAAGGCAUAUCAUUUGGCUUGCUCCUUUGUUAUUUGCAUCGAUUUCUUACGCAGGAUGGUGCUAAAAAAGAAACCUUACCGUUCGUUUCACAAAUUGUUCAAUAUGCUCGAGAUGGUGAACUAACUGCAUUGAAGAUUCUUCGCCGAAUAUCGACAAGUCCAUCGAUUCGAUCCGAACUAACAGCAAAUACCGAUUUCGAACGAUUGAUCAAUACAGACACGAAUUUGUUUCAUUCGGAAUCAAGAAUGUACAAAUAUAUCGAAGAUAUUCGCAGAAAUCUUCAGCCAAUCGAAUACGAAAGCAACCAAGAUGUAGAGGAGAGUGACGAUCGGCAAGCAUUCAUUUCAUAUUCACACAAAAACAAAGACAAAUGCGAUCAAUUCUAUCAGAUCUUGACACGAGCUGGACUUUUCACGAAAAUUUGGCUCGAUCAUAUGCACGUGGAAGGAAACGUUAUUGAUUCAAUCGUUAGCGGUAUCAAACAAUCAGAAAUUGUUUUCGUCCUACUGAGUGAUUCUUAUUGUCGGUCGGACAAGGAUAACACGUGCCGACGCGAGUGGGAAUUUGCUGUGGCUUGUAAGAAACUUGUUUGUCCAGUACUCGUCGAAGAAAGUUUUAAACGAAAAACAUACGAUUGGGUGGCAUUUCUCAUUGGUUCGGAUCUUUACUAUAAACUCCACGAUGGAAACGAUAUGAAACGUUUGGUUAAGGCUAUACAGACAAAUAAACGUAAGUCUUCGUCGAAAGCCGAGAGAAAAACAACGGAAAAAUUUGAUUCACCGUCGUUGACUACCGAUAAUCCGUCUAAUGAUCGUGAAACCGUAGAUAAGCAACCUAUCGCUCAAUGGACUCGUGAAAAUGUACAAAAUUGGUGUCGUGACAAUAGUCUCGAUCAAUGGCGUGAACCAUUAAGUCAAUAUAGUGGUUUAGACUUAUUGGAAUUGAAUAAAGUUUUGAAGAAAAAUGCAUAUUUACAUCGUGUCGCGGAUAACCAUCGAAUACCUCUACUUGAUGUAAUUAAAUUUCGACGCGAACUGAGAAAAUUAGUGUCGGAAACGACUUCAACGCCAAAAAGCGCCGUUCAGAAACCAGUGACAAAACGUCCUAUUUCAAAAUCAACAGUAAAAUAA